GACAGCGUCGAGAGCCUUGGCCUGUUGGGACGCUACACUGACUUGCCUGAGACGUCUCGCGCUUCAGCCGACCCCGUCCACCGUAACCAUCACCAUCAUCAUACCAACCACGGCCAGCAACAUCAAUACCCUCUAAACUACCGGCAUCAACAGUUCGACCUGAGAUACCCUCAAUUCGAUAACCACUACAACCAUUACGACAACGGUUAUUCGUCUCCGGCCUCUUCUCCCCGUCCAGUCUCUCCUGGUCACGUCCGAUCUCAGUCAGUGGCCGCCGUAGGUACGCCGGCACUCUACAAUACCAACACCAUCAAGAGGAAGCCGCUGUCUUCCUCUGCUUCGCCCUUGGCUAUUCGCUUUUCCGAAGGUGGACACGGUUUCGACAGCGCAGACCUUCCUAGACCCGAGACCAGAUUUUCUCGCUCUAUUCAAGCCGACUCGCCUACUCUUUACGAGGAUCCGGCGGCACAUAUCCAGCCGUAUCAGCCCGAUACAACGUCUCCCUUGGCCGAUUAUUAUACUUCUGUGGAGAGCGAACACUUCAUCGAAGAGUCCCAAGGACAUCCCCACGGCGGUGACGAAGGCACUGAUCGGGCCCGCUGGCCGUCGCGAAAUACCUCCAUCAACAACCCGGUUGCCGUUAAAUCUGGUUAUCCAGUUUUACCACCGGAAUAUGGAGACGUGACCGCCGACGACAGCCUGACGACAAAACCUUUAGACACCCGUACUGCCAGACCACCAGACAUCGUGGAGGAAGGGGAGGACGCGCAAUCCGAGUCGGCAUACAGCACCAACUCUAAUGAUAAUUCUACCAUGUCCAUUGUUGCACCGAAGCCGACGCCACCACAUCUCAAUUUACAAAAGGUUGAACGAGCCAGCCUCAUUUCCACACCACCGACAACCGCCAUCGAUUCGAGCAGGCCACCGGACACGAGCAAACCACUUCCCAAAUCUCCUGGAUCUUCCAACGAAUACGAUGCGAACAAGGAAGAGGUGGAAAGAAUUCAGAGGAGGACGGAGCAGGAGAAGGCUUCCAUCAGACUCGAGCUGACGAACAAACUCCAGAAUGAGCGCGACAAGAGGAAAAUGCUGGACCAGCAAAUCAGGGAACUGUCCGAAAAGGCGUCACAAAUGGACAUGGCCCAGCUGAACAACGUCGAUGCGAACAGCCGUGUGAAGGAGCUGGAGCAGACGUGCGAGGAUCUUCGGCGGAGGCUUGCGGACGAAAGGAAAGUCAAAGACAGCUUCGAAGAUCUCCUCUCUGCCCUGCGGGGGGAGUUGCAGAACGCUUCCAACGAGCGCGACAACCUGCGAGACGAGGUCGUGCCCCAACUCCGGGCUCGUUUGGAAGGUCUCGAAACCGAGGCCGCCGAGUAUGCCAACCUGACCUACGAGUCGACCAAGAUGCAACAGGAGUUGCAGUCUCUAAAGACCGAGAACAAGAGCCUCCGGAACUCGAAGCAGAUUUCCGAGGGCCCCCCUUCAAGGUCGUCCGUCGCACUUUCAAGAUCGAAUUCCGUGACGGGAGGCUCUUUCAAACUGCAGAGGCCGCCUACCGGCCUAUCCAGGUCCAACACCGUGAAAGGUGGAGUUGAAUCCCGCGAAGCCCUGGCGGAGCGCCUAAAGGACGUGGAGGCCCAGAGGGAUGCGCUUCACAGCGCUCUACGGAAUCUCCUCGAACGGCAGGAAUUUCAGAAUCGCGAGAACGAGAAGAAGAUCAGAGCUCUAGAGAUGGAGCGCGAGCGGCUUCUCUCCGACUCCCCGGUAAAGGGCGGGUAUGAGAGGGACGUCUCGAAUCUGCGGCACGAAAUCAAAAUUCUGCGUCGUCGCGCCGAAGAGGCCAUGGAGCACAAGUGGCAGGCGGAAACGGGUUUGGCCGGUCUGAAGAUGGAUCUGGACCGGGCUGAACAGGAGAUUGCCUCGUUGCGUGCACUCCUCGAGGAGAACGACAUCACCAUCCCCUCUUCUUCAGUUUCCCGUGUCAAUGUGGGCGAUUCCGAGCCUGCGACGGUUUCGGCAGCGACAGCGACAGCGACAGCGACAGCGACAUCGGGAUCGCUCGAGGCGGCAUUCAAAGCCCUCCAAGGCUCCCAUCAGCAAUCUUUGGCCCGGAUCAGGGAGCUGGAGGCGGAAGGCACCGCCGUUCUAUCAGAGAAGACGCAACUGGCGCUGCAACGGUUCGAACAAUCUCUUACUGCGGCCAUCUUGGAGCGCGACGCCGCGCUGCAAGAAUCAUCGAAUUACAAGGGCCAGGUCGACCAGUUGCUUGCGAGCGAAGCUCGGCAGCUGGAAGGCGAGCGUGCCCUCGCCGACGAGCUCAGCCAGUCGAGCCGCAGGAUCGAGGAGCUGGCCGCCCAGGUCCGCCAACAGCUUGCCGCCAACGCCGACCUCCGCCAACGGCUCUCCGACACGGUAGCCCGCGGGGAAGCCGAGCGGAAGGCGAACGGCGAGCGCAUCACGAGCCUGCAGAGCCGCCUGCGCCACCUCGAGGAGCAGGUCGUGCUGGCGCAAACCGCGGCGGAAGAACGCGUCGCGCGGCACGAGGACCAGAUUCGGGAGCUCAAGGAGGCCCAUAACCUCCAGCUCCGCCGGGCGCCGCCCUCGCCCCUCAGUACCGGGUCGCGCUCCCCCAGGAAGCAAAACCUGCUCAGCCCCAUGGCCUCGCCGUUCUUCCCGCGGUCGCCGCGGUCGCCGCGCCACUUGGCGCACAAGUCCAUCGGGGACGAGGUGCAGGUGGACCAGCUGCGCGCCCGGGUGGCGGAGCUCGAGCAAGCCCUCGCCGAGGUGGAUUCGGAGAUGGAAGACGUCAUU